AUGUUCCAAUCUGCUAUCGUACUUUCACAGAAAUACAAUAUCUCAAUGCAAAGUCAAUAUCUCGGAUGGGAAUCAGGACAAACUGGUGGAAAUAUAAUGAAUGCUCUGAGUGAUACAUGUCAAUGUGCAUCUUCGUCAAUACUCCUCGGGAUCGUUGGCCCAACACUAUCAAGCGAAGCACAGCAAAUUGCAAACUUCGGCGAAAGAAUUGGCCUGCCGGUUAUAUCGUACUCUGCUACUGAUCCACAACUAUCCGAUCGAAAUAGUUAUCCAACGUUUUAUCGUACUGUCCCAUCCGAUAACGAAGCUGCCGUUGCACUCGUGAAAUUAUUUCUGAAAUUCAAUUGGACAUCUUGCGUCGUUGUUUAUCAAAAUGAUCUAUUCGGAACCAAUGGAAUCAAUGCAAUCAAUAAUGCAUUUAUCAAUCAAGGUCUAGCAAUACUAAAAUUUAUUAUUUUUGACAUCGCAACACUGACAUUUCGAGAAGAUCUCAAAAGUUCUUUAGUUAAUAGUCCGACACGAAUUGUUAUAUUGUGGGUAAGUGUCAGUUAUGCAUCGACAAUUAUCCAAAACGCUCUUGACAACGGUGUUCUCGGUCCUAAAUUUACCUGGAUAUCGAGCACAAGUAUUUCCCUGACUUCUUUUAACUCAACCUACUAUUCGAAUUUAAUUGGAAUGCUCACGGUCGAACCUGUCACAGGCAGUGUUGUCGGUGCAACAAUAAAUCAAACAUUAUUGAAUGCUGCUUAUGACGUAUGGAAAGAAUAUGAACCGGAAACAUUUCCUUCCUCAGUAAAAGUCAAUCCAUAUGCAUUGUUUGCAUUUGAUGCUGCGUGGGUAUUAAUUCAAUCCUUAGAACAACUUUGCUUACAAAUGAAUCACUCAUGUCUGACAACGAACGGUUCUUCAUAUUGUUUUGAUCGAUAUUUUGUUAAUUCCAAUCAAUUAUUGAAUAUAAUAAACUCAAUGAAGUUUCUUGGCAUUUCUGGUCCAAUUAAAUUUACUUCAAACUCAACCGAUCGAAUGGAUGGUUCGUAUUACUAUGUCCAAAAUAUUCAGUCCACAUCGACUGGCAUUGGCUUCGCUCCUGUAUUAGAAUAUUUGGAUCCUGGGGAUUGGAAUACUUAUCCAGGAUCGAAUGUUAUUGUCUGGCCAGGUAAUUCAUUGAUACCACCAACCGGUCGCGUUCUACUUGACAGUGUUACUGUACGAAUUGGAGUUAUUGCAACACCUGUAUAUACGAUAGUCAAUGGCGGAUCAACAUCGAACUUAACUGGAUACGCGAUUGAUUUAAUCGAGCUUUUACGCAGUCAACUAAACUUUAUUCCGGAUAUUCAAUUAGCACCCGAUAAUCAGACGUAUGCAGGACUGAUUCAAGCUGUCGCCGACGGAGUUUAUGACAUGGUUGUUGGCGAUGUAACAGUGACUGCUGCACGACGAGAACUUGUUGAUUUUUCGAAUUCUAUAUUCGAUAAUGCUUUGCAACUUAUGGUCAGAAAAACUUAUACAAGUGCACCUGAUCCCUUAUCGUUUCUAAAACCAUUUUCAUUGAACCUAUGGAUCACAUCUUUAUUUUCCUGGGUCUUUGCCUCCGUCUUAUUUUGUUUCUUUGAACGUGACGAAAAUGACAUCUUAGCAAAUCGAACUUUUUUCUCUCAAAUAGCGAUGAGUUUAUGGUAUUGUCUUGGCCAUUGCAUCGGACAUGGAGUCGAUUUUCAUGUACGUACAUCAUCCGGACGCUUAUUAACCGCUGCUCUUUAUCUGUUGAGUUUAGUCUUGUUAGCGUCUUAUACAGCUAACCUGGCAUCUGAUUUAACAAUCUUAAAAACUCAAAAUAUCCUCUCUGGAAUCGAUGAUCUUAAAAAUGGAAAAAUUCCACCGAAUCGUAUCGGCAUUCGNAAUCAUAAGUCGUUAUUACAUCAAAACUUGUGUUACCAAAUCCGGGCAAAAUAUGUAUCCGAUCAUUUUCUGAAUCGACAACAAUUACAUCGAGAUAAUUGUCUGGAUUCACAUAUCCCACAGUGA